AUGUCAGAAAAGUUGGCAGACUGUAAGAUGACAAUUGCCGAAGAGAUAAAGCGGAACGCGAAUGAGCGUGUCCUGGCAUUGCGAGACGCGGAAGAGAAGCUCUUGGGACGGCUGGAGAUUGUUUACACUGGAAAGCAGAAAGUUCUUGGUCUGCAGAGAGAUGGUUUGGAAUUGGAGCUUGGCAAAAUCUCAGGAUGUUGUGAGUUUGCUGAAAAUGUCUUGAAAUAUGAGAACGAAGUGGAAAUCUUAAAGAAUUUAAGCGCUAUUGAGGUAUGUUGCAUUUAACUUUAUUUUUAUACAGUUAUAAGUCAUUUAUAAGCAGCUCUGUCACACGUAGCGUGAUUAGGUAACAAGCAAUUAAGCAAAGCAACAGUUAUUAGUUAAUAUUCUGCCAAUACUCGAUCCCGAGGAAGAUGACACAAUCCAGUAUACCGCUGAUCCACACUAUUUGCGUACUGUGUCCCAGUAUCUUGGUAUUAUCCACGCCAGUAGCACGUUUGCCUCACUGUCCUUCGCAGUGGAUGAUGGGAUAUCCACAGCAAGAGUGAAGGUCGAGGUAAGCUUUCUGGUGAUAACUAAGGAUCGUCAUGGCAACAGGAAAGAGGGUGGUGAUAGGUUGAAUGUUUUGGUACGACAGCCUGAUGGCACCAUUUCGAAGUCGAAAGUCAAGGAUGAAG